AUGCUAGCUGUUGUCAUAGAAACAAGUUCACAGGAUGUUGGAGCAUCCUGCCUUAGCCCUGAUCUAUGUGGAGUAAGCCUGGCAACCCUCUCAGGCUUUAUGCUUGUGGGGAGUAAGCUAUUUGUGGGGAAGUCCCUGAUGGUUGGGCUGGUGUUAGCAGCUGCCCACCUGCUUGUGAUGUACUCUACAUUGUGUGCACAUGUUACUCCCUUGGUGUGGUUUGUGAGCUUAGCAGUUAUCCCUGCUGUAUGUGGAGGCAUUCUGUUGGUUUGCUAUUCCUGGGGGAGAGGUUGUUUCACUGUGGGGGAAGGGAUGGUUGUAUCUCAGCUUUUCACCAUUAUCCUACGCAGGGUGUGCGAGAAAGUCUUCUUGGCUAGAAGUCUAACAGAAAAACCUGGAAUAAGUGAUGUGUGGGAGAGCCAGGCUUUGUGUUUUGCAUCUAUUGUGUUUGUGGGACUGACCACUAUUUUGACAAUGCUGUUGUUGUACCAGUGGCUAUUUUCACAAAGACCGGAUUGGCUUGUCUUUUAUGUCAUUCACAUAUUUGUGGCAGCCUUCAUCAUCAUGCCAUUUUUGUGCCAAUACUUAGAAGCAAAUCCAUUUGUCUGGCUGUUCCAGUAUAUAGCCCAUAGUUUAAAAAGAACACUAUUACUGAGCAGCUGGUUUUUACUGUCGGUGACAGCAGCCGUCAUUGUCUGCUCCCCACAGUUGUCGCCAUCCUCCUCAGUGACCAGGAAAUGGUUCCAUGUACUGAUUGUGGCUGUCUAUGUACCUGGCCUAUUGUUGGACCCCAGCUUUCUUACCCUGGCCUCAGUCAUAGCUUUAGCAGUAUUAGUUGUUCUAGAGGCAGUUCGUGUCUUGUGUAUUCCUCCUCUAGGAUGUACAGUUGACAGUUUGUUUAAAGCAUUCUGUGAUGAUAAAGACAAGGGAGCAGUCAUUGUGUCUCAUAUAUACCUGUUGGUGGGCUUGUCACUUCCCCUCUGGCUGACAUAUUCAUCACCACAUCUGCUGCAGCCACACAAGCCUAAUAUUGCUUUGUACAGUGGAGUUAUUUCUGUUGGGCUGGGUGACACUGCAGCGUCUGUAGGGGGCAGUGUGUUUGGUAAACACAGAUGGCCAGGUAGCAAGAAAACCAUUGAAGGAACAAGUAUAGCGAUUUUGAGCCAGUUGUCUUUCAUUUUAUGUCUAUCAUAUUUUGGUAUGGGAACUCCUGAAUCUGUUUUGAGUGUGUCUGUGAUAGUGAUUUCUACGUCAGUUUUGGAGGGUGUCACGUCUCAAAUAGAUAAUUUGAUUCUUCCACUUUUCAUGUAUACAUUGUUCAUGACAACCAGGAAACAAAUUGAUACAAGUAUAUUGAGCUGAAUCUUUGCUGUAAUGUGUAUGUAUUUAUAUAAAUUUAAAUAAAUACAUCGUUUUUAAAGAGAUUGUCAUUUUUUUUUAUUAGUCAAAAGAGAAGAAAUUAUGGAGAGAUCUCGACUUAUAUUUGAUUACCACAUAUAGCCCCUGAUUAGUGAGAUAGUGUUCUCCAAUCCUGUAGCUCCUGCUGUCAAGGAGAGAUUCUGACUCACUUCUGAUUACCACAUAUAGCCCCUGAUCAGUCAGAUAGUGUGAUCCAAUUCUGUAGCUCCUGCUGUCAAGGAGAGAUCCUGACUCACUUCUGAUUACCACAUAUAGCCCCUGAUCAGUCAGAUAGUGUGAUCCAAUUCUGUAGCUCCUACUGUCUGGGAGAGAUCCUGACUCACUUCUGAUUACCACAUAUAGCCCCUGACCAGUGAGAUAGUGUGAUCCAAUCCUGUAGUUCCUGCUGUCAAGGAGAGAUCCUGACUCACUUCUGAUUAUCACCUGUAGCCCCUGACCAGUGAGAUUGUGUGAUCCAAUCCUGUAGGUCCUGCUGUCAAGUAGAGAUCCUGACUCACUUCUGAUUACCACAU